UAGCCGCCAUCUUGCUUCUUUUUCUCGCUCGCUCUCUCCCUGUCGGGCGGCCGCGAAAGUGCUUCGGCGGUUUGUCCAUCCGCAGCUGCGGCUCUGCCGGUCGGGUGGUCCUCCCGCGCCCCGGGCCCCUGGAUCAGAGCUCGCCGAGACCUCGAGGUGCGCACACACGCUCGGCUCGACACCCUGGCCGGCUGGUUGUAAGGGGUGUGGCAGGAGGUUUCGGACUCGAUGAGUUUCCACCGAAAUGUCGGAGAAGUCAGGCCAGAGCACAAAAGCAAAGGAUGGGAAAAAGUAUGCGACGCUCAGUUUAUUUAAUACUUACAAGGGUAAAUCAUUAGAAACUCAGAAAACCACAGUUGCAGCUCGACAUGGAUUACAGAGUCUUGGAAAAGUUGGUAUUUCACGGCGUAUGCCUCCACCCGCUAACCUUCCAAGUCUAAAAGCAGAAAACAAAGGCAAUGAUCCUAAUGUGAACAUUGUACCUAAAGAUGGCACAGGAUGGGCAUCAAAGCAAGAGCAGCAUGAAGAAGAAAAAACACCAGAAGUUCCACCAGCACAGCCAAAACCUGGGGUUGCAGCUCCCCCAGAAGUAGCACCUGCUCCAAAAUCAUGGGCCAGUAACAAGCAAGGUGGGCAAGGAGAUGGAAUCCAGGUGAACAGUCAUUUUCAGCAAGAAUUUCCCAGCCUGCAGGCAGCUGGGGAUCAAGAAAAAAAAGAAAAAGAAGGAAAUGACGACAACUAUGGACCUGGACCCAGUUUACGCCCACCAAAUGUUGCUUGUUGGAGAGACGGUGGUAAGUCUGCUGGCUCACCCUCAACACCUGACCAAGAAGAAAAGCUGCCUGGCCAGGACGAAAGCACAGCUGGGUCAUCCGAGCAGAAUGACAUCCUCAAAGUAGUGGAAAAGAGAAUAGCGUGUGGUCCUCCACAGGCCAAACUGAAUGGACAGCAGCCUGCUCUCGCCUCCCAGUACCGAGCUAUGAUGCCUCCUUACAUGUUUCAACAGUAUCCAAGGAUGGCGUAUCCUCCUCUUCAUGGUCCCAUGAGGUUUCCACCUUCUUUAUCUGAAACAAACAAAGGCCUUCGAGGAAGAGGCCCACCUCCUUCGUGGGCUUCGGAGCCUGAACGCCCCUCCAUCCUUAGUGCAUCGGAACUGAAGGAGCUGGAUAAAUUUGAUAAUCUGGAUGCCGAAGCUGAUGAAGGUUGGGCAGGUGCCCAGAUGGAAGUAGAUUAUACAGAACAGCUGAAUUUCAGUGAUGAUGAUGAGCAAGGAAGUAGUAGUCCUAAAGACAAUAGCAGUGAGGAUCAAAGUUCAAAAGUCUCUGAGAACACUGAAGCUCGAAAAGAAGCAGAUGAGGUGUGCAACACUAAACCAUCAUCUCAGACACCUGCCCAGCCAUCUGUAGCAAAAGGUCCUUAUGGGAAAGGAUCAUCAUUUAAUCAGGAACGUGGCCCUUCUGCUCACCUGCCGCCACCUCCAAAGUUGCUUGCACAGCAGCAUCUCCCUCCGGACCGACAGGCAGCCCCUGGGAGGCCAGGCCCUUCGCCCCCCAGGCAGCAGGCGGCAGACGAGGACGCAGUGUGGAAGCAGAGGCGGCGGCAGCAGCCCGAGCUCUCCGCGGCGGUGGAGCGCGCCCGCAGGCGGCGCGAGGAGGAGGAGCGCAGGAUGGAGGAGCAGCGGAAGGCGGCCUGCGCCGAAAAGCUGAAGCGGUUAGACGAGAAGCUGGGCAUCGUGGACAAGCAGCCGUCUGCGGGGGACACCAGGGAGCGGGAGCGGGAGAAAGAGCUUGACAGAGAGCAGGAGCGGGAGCGGGAGAGGCAGCAGGAGAAGGAGAGAGAGCUGGAGAGAGAGCAGGAAAAACAGAGAGAGAUGGAGAAGGAAAGAAAGCAAGAGAAGGAGAAAGAACUGGAACGGCAGCAGGAAAGGGAGAAAGAACUAGAACGGCAGAAGACGAAAGAGCAGGAAAAGGAACGGGAGUUGGAGAAGAAAGAAAGGGAGAAAGUAGAGGAACAAGUGGAUCACAAAGAACCUGCGUCAGAGCCCGUGGUGGAUAAACAAGAAAGUGAGAACAGCUGUAAUAAAGAGGAUGACCCAGUUUUCACUCGACAAGACAGCAGCCGCAGUGAAAAAGAGACCACCCAGGCGACGCACGAAGCAGAGCCGGACUCGGGCGCUCAGCCCCGGCCUGCUGUUCUGUCUGGUUAUUUCAAACAGUUCCAGAAGUCUCUGCCACCGCGAUUCCAGCGGCAGCAGGAGCAGAUGAAGCAGCAGCAGUGGCAGCAGCAGCAGCAGGGAGUCCUUCCGCCGUCCGUCCCCUCGCAGCCGUCCGGGACUGCCGUCCCUCCGCCGCCACACCGCCCUCUGUACCAGCCCAUGCAGCCCCACCCUCAGCACUUGGCCUCCAUGGGCUUCGAUCCGCGGUGGCUGAUGAUGCAGUCGUACAUGGACCCGCGAAUGAUGUCAGGAAGACCUGCUAUGGACAUUCCUCCCAUUCAUCCUGGAAUGAUUCCUCCUAAGCCUUUGAUGAGAAGAGACCAGAUGGAAGGGUCAGCCAGCAGUUCUGAGUCAUUUGAACAUAUAGCUCGAUCUGCAAGAGAUCAUGCAGUUUCCCUCUCUGAGCCUCGUAUAAUGUGGGGGUCAGAGCCCUAUCCUCACUCGGAGCCUCAGCAGGCUACUGCUCCCAAGACAGCAGAAGAACCUGAGGGUGUGAGGGCUGAAGCCACGCGGGACCCGGAGCCGCUCCCCGCCGCGUAUCCGGUAGAAAGCCCGUUGGAGGCGCGCCCACAGGCAGACUUCCCUCGGGAAUCCAGCGAGACGGAAGCGCAGAAGUUUCUGAGCAGGUCUGUGGAAGACAGUGGAACUCACCACCCUGACACAGACGGUCAGUCUGCUCGUUUCGAUGCACCUGAGCAAAAGACUGUGUCCACCCCUCAAGAAGAGCGGACUUCGGCCGUAGAAAGUCAGCCUGCCCGGAAAAGAAGUGUGUCCCAUGGCUCUAACCAUACUCAAAAGCCAGAAGAGCAAAGGAAUGAGCCACCUGCAAGCAUUCCUAAAGUAGUCAGCAGAUGCAUUGAUUCCAAAGAAUUGGCAGAAAGGUCAGAGGACAAACCGAAAAAGGAUAGCUUUAUACGAUCUUCUGAAGGACCAAAACCAGAAAAACUGUAUAAAUCUAAAUCAGAAACUCGUUGGGGCCCAAGACCCAGCUCCAGCAGGAGAGAGGAAGGUGUCGACAGGCCUGUGAGAAGGUCGGGUCCCAUUAAAAAGCCUGUCCUUAGAGAUAUGAAAGAGGAACGAGAGCAGAGGAAGGAGAAAGAAGGAGAGAAGGGAGAAAAGGUCACCGAGAAAGUUGUAAAACCAGAAAAAACGGAAAAGAAAGAUCCCCUUCCUCCACCCCCACCACCUGCAGCACCCGUUCAGCCACAGGCCGUUCCGCCACCAUCUCAGCCCGAACCAGAGAAGUUUGCUUCAGCAGAGACCCCGGCUUCGGUGCCAAAGCCACCUGCAGACGCCGAGAAGCCCCUGGAACCUGUGAGUAGUGCCGAGGCAGAGCCUGCGGCUAAACCGGCAGCUCCAGCAGUCACAGCGCUGCCAGUCAGAGAAGAAAAGCAGCCUGAGAAAGUCCCCGCCAAAGACCUCGUUCCAGAGAGGCCUCGACCGGAUUCAAGACCAGCAGUUAAGAAGGAAUCCACUCUCCCCCCGAGGCCCUACUGGAAAGACGCGCGCGAGAGAGAUUGGUUUCCAGAUCAAGGGUACAGGGGUCGAGGCCGAGGAGAGUAUUACUCCAGAGGCCGCAGCUACAGAGGCUCGUACGGAGGCCGCGGCCGGGGCGGCAGAGGGCACGCCCGCGAGUACCCUCAGUACAGGGACCCGAAGCCGCGCGCCGAGCACGUGCCCGCGGGCCCGCUCCGGCAGCGAGAGGAGAGCGAGACCCGCAGCGAGAGCUCCGACUUUGAAGUCCUGCCCAAAAGAAGGCGCCGCCGGGGUUCCGAGACGGACACGGACAGCGAGCUGCACGAGAGUGCCAGUGACAGGGACAGUCUGAGCAAAGGUAAACUUCCCAAGAGAGAGGAGCGGCCUGAGAACAAAAAGCCCGCAAAGCCUCACUCUCCCUUCAAGCCCGAGAGCCACGUCCGGGUGGAUAAUAGGCCUCCGGACAAAACCUACGUACGGGAGGAGGAUAAAGCGAAACCGGGCUUCCUUCCGAAGGGCGAGCCCACCAGGCGAGGCAGAGGGGGCACGUUCCGGCGCGGGGGCAGGGACCCCGGGGGCCGCCCCUCGCGUCCUUCCACCCUGCGGAGACCUGCCUAUCGCGACAAUCAGUGGAACCCGAGGCAGGCGGAAGCGCCGAAACCAGAGGAUGGAGAGCCACCAAGGAGACACGAGCAGUUUAUUCCUCUACCGGCUGAUAAACGACCUCCCAAAUUUGAGCGGAAAUUCGACCUGACUAGAGAGAGGCCCCGAAGGCAGCGGCCUACCCGACCGCCCAGGCAAGAUAAGCCGCCGCGGUUCCGGCGGCUCCGGGAGAGGGAGGCGGCCUCGAAGACCGGCGAGGUGGCAGUGCCCGCCAACGGCGCCGUCAGUGCCGCGGUCCAGGAGCCGGCGGGCGCUGCCGCCGAUGUGUCUGGGACCAAGACCCCGGACCUGUCUAACCAGAACUCUUCGGACCAGGCCAACGAGGAGUGGGAGACGGCCUCGGAGAGCAGUGAUUUCAAUGAGAGGCGGGAGAGAGAUGAAAAAAAAAAUGCUGAUUUGAGUGCACAAGCCAUUGUGAAGGCCGGAGAGAAUGUUUCAGCCCCCAAAAGAGAAAUAGCAAAGAGAAGUUUUUCUAGCCAGAGGCCUGGCGUGGACCGCCAGAACCGGCGGGGCAACGGUGGCCCCCCAAAACCCGGAAGGAACUUCUCGGGUCCCCGGAACGAAAGGAGAAGUGGCCCGCCAGCCAAAAGUGGGAAGCGAGGGCCAUUUGAUGACCAGUCUGCAGGCACAGCUGGUGUGGACCCCGUCAAUGGCAGCUCUGCACACCAUCAGGAAGGAGCACCUAAUGGAACAGGACAAAAGAACUCCAAAGAUUCUGCUGGGAAAAAAAGAGAAGACCCCAAACCAGGCCCUAAGAAACCCAAAGAGAAAGUCGAUGCCCUGUCACAGUUUGAUCUCAACAAUUAUGCAAGCGUUGUUAUAAUUGAUGACCAUCCUGAAGUAACAGUAGUUGAAGACCCACAGUCAAAUUUGAACGAUGAUGGCUUUACUGAAGUGGUAUCCAAAAAACAACAGAAACGUUUACAGGAUGAGGAACGCAGGAAGAAGGAAGAACAGAUCAUACAGGUCUGGAACAAAAAGAAUGCCAAUGAAAAAGGAAGAAGUCAGACUUCUAAGCUUCCUCCAAGAUUUGCCAAAAAACAGGCUACAGGGACCCAGCCAGCACAGUCUCCAUCACCAGCCCCAGGCCUAGCCGCAGCCUCGGCUCCAGGCCCAGUUCCGGCCUCACCCUCACCCUCGGUUCCAGUUCCACCCGCAGCCACAGCUGCAGCCACAGCACUAACGGCAGCGUCCACUCCACUCCCAAGUCCAGCCUCAGCUCCUGCGCCAGCCUCCACCUCAGCUCCAGCCCCUUCUUCCAUUCCAGCUCCAACCCCGAUCCUUGCCUCCGCUUCGACCCCAGCCUCUGUCCCCGUCCUUGCCUCAGCCUCCAUUCCCAUCCUUGCUUCAGCCCUACCGCCACCUUCCGCUCCACCUCCAGCCAGCUCAGCCCUAGCAGCCCCAGCCAGCUCAGCCCCAGCUGCCCCAGCCAGUUCAGCCCCAGUCCCAACCCUAGCUGCACUCCCAGCCCCAGUCCCAACGCCAGCCCUCGUCACAGUCACAGGCCCCGGCCCCGGCCCCACUGCCCCAGCCCAUACUCAGGGACAGACUCACAAAUCAGUCCAGAGUCCCCUGCAGACUACAACACAGCCUUCAAAACAGCCACCACCUUCCAUUAGACUACCGUCCGCUCAAACACCUAACGGCACAGAUUAUGUAGCCACUGGAAAAUCUAUCCAGACCUCACAGUCACAUAGCACUCUUACAACUGAAUUAUGGGAUAACAAGGUGGCCCCACCGACGGUGCUGAAUGACAUCUCUAAGAAAUUAGGGCCCAUCAGUCCACCACAGCCACCUUCGGUCAGUGCCUGGAAUAAGCCUCUGACGUCGUUUGGGUCGGCUACUUCAUCAGAGGGAGCGAAGAAUGGCCAAGAAAGUGGAGUUGAAAUAGGAAUUGAUACAAUUCAGUUUGGUGCUCCAGCUUCAAAUGGGAACGAAAAUGAAAUUGUUCCUGUGCUUUCGGAAAAAACUACUGACAAAAUAGCUGAACCUAAAGAGCAACGCCAGAAACAGCCACGGGCGGGCCCCAUCAAAGCCCAGAAGCUUCCAGAUUUGAGUCCAGUAGAAAACAAAGAACAUAAACCUGGUCCUAUUGGAAAGGAACGGUCAUUAAAAAAUAGAAAAGUAAAAGACGCCCAACAAGCUGAGUCAGAAGGACAAGAGAAACCAAGCCCUUCUGCAGUCAGAAGUACAGACCCUGCAACAACAAAGGAACCCAAAGCAGCUUCGGAAAUGGCGACUGAGAUCGGAACAAUGAUCUCGGUGUCGUCUGCGGAAUAUGCCACAAAUGUGAAGGAGUCUGUAACAGACUAUACUACACCUUCUUCUUCUCUGCCUAACACUGUGGCUGCCAACAGUGCAAAGAUGGAGGAUGCUUUGGUUAAUAAUGUGCCCCUGCCCAACACCCUUCCCCUCCCUAAGAGGGAGACCAUACAACAGAGCUCCAGCCUAACUUCAGUUCCUCCCACUACUUUCAGCCUCACCUUCAAGAUGGAGUCUGCGCGGAAGGCUUGGGAGAAUUCUCCGAAUGUGCGGGACAAGGGGUCUCCAGUCACUUCCACCGCCCCUCCCAUAGCCAGCGGGGUCAGCAGCAGUGCCAGCGGGCCGGGCAGCGCGAGCUACAGCUCCUUCUCCAGUGCAGCCAUGCCGCAGAUCCCCGUAGCCUCCGUCACCCCCACAACGUCGCUGUCAGGAGCUGGUACCUACACUACCUCUUCUCUGAGCACAAAAUCUACAACCACGUCGGACCCUCCUAACAUCUGUAAAGUGAAGCCCCAGCAGUUACAGACGAGCAGCCUGCCUUCCGCGAGUCACUUCUCGCAGCUGAGCUGUGUGCCCUCCCUGAUGGCCCAGCAGCAGCAGAGCCCGCAGGUCUACGUGUCUCAGUCUGCAGCAGCUCAGAUCCCGGCUUUCUACAUGGACACUAGUCACUUAUUCAGUACCCAGCAUGCACGGUUGGCCCCCCCGUCGUUGGCUCAGCAGCAAGGCUUCCAACCAGGUCUUUCUCAGCCCGCGUCGGUCCAGCAGAUCCCGAUCCCUAUCUACGCGCCCCUGCAGGGGCAGCACCAGGCCCAGCUGAGUCUGGCUGCUGGACCCGCUGUCUCCCAAGCCCAGGAGUUAUUCAGUUCUUCCCUUCAACCGUACAGAUCUCAGCCAGCCUUCAUGCAGAGCAGCCUGUCCCAACCCUCUGUGGUCCUCUCUGGUACUGCCAUCCACAAUUUCCCAGCUGUCCAGCACCAGGAACUUGCCAAGGCACAGUCAGGUCUUGCCUUUCAACAAACUUCCAAUACUCAGCCUAUCCCUAUAUUGUAUGAACAUCAGCUGGGUCAGGCAUCAGGACUAGGAGGCUCCCAGCUGAUCGAUACACAUCUCCUCCAGGCUAGAGCAAAUCUUACCCAGGCUUCAAAUCUUUAUUCCGGACAAGUACAACAGCCUGGUCAGACAAGUUUCUAUAACACUGCCCAGUCACCGAGUGCUCUCCAGCAGGUCACAGUACCUUUACCAGCAUCCCAGCUUUCCUUGCCUAACUUUGGAUCCACGGGGCAGCCUUUGAUAGCUCUGCCUCAGACGCUUCAGCCUCCGCUGCAGCACACCGCCCCCCAAGCGCAGGCCCAGAGCCUGAGCCGCCCUGCCCAAGUCAGCCAGCCUUUCCGGGGCUUGCUUCCUGCUGGGACCCAGCACAGCAUGAUGGCGACCACGGGCAAGAUGUCUGAAAUGGAACUUAAGGCCUUUGGAAGUGGCAUUGAUAUGAAACCGGGCACCCCUCCCAUCAGCGGAAGGAGCACCACACCCACCUCGAGUCCCUUCCGGGCCACUUCCACAAGUCCGAACAGCCAGCCCAGCAAAAUGAGCAGCAUUGUCUAUCAGAAGCAGUUCCCGUCAGCCCCCGCCACUGUGAGAAUGACACAGCCAUUUCCUGCACAGUUUGCACCCCAGAUUCUCUCUCAGCCUAACCUGGUCCCUCCAUUGGUAAGAGCCCCACAUACUAACACCUUCCCAGCGCCCGCUCAGAGGCCGCCAAUGGCACUGGCCAGUCAGAUGCCUCCUCCGCUGACCACAGGCCUCAUGAGCCAUGCUCGUUUGCCACAUGUAGCCAGGGGUCCUUGUGGAUCACUGUCUGGAGUCAGAGGCAAUCAGGCCCAGGCCGCGCUGAAGGCUGAACAAGACAUGAAGGCCAAGCAGAGAGCAGAGGUUCUUCAGUCCACGCAGCGCUUCUUCUCUGAGCAGCAGCAGAGCAAACAGAUAGGCGGCAAGGCCCCGAAGGUGGACGGCGAUCCGAGCAAGCCCCCCGAGACGCUGGCCGCUGCUCCUGGUGUCUGUCAGGACAAAGCAGAAGAAAAGCCCCCCCCUGCACCCACCAUGGCCACCAAACCUGUUCGGACUGGACCCAUCAAACCUCAGGCCAUCAAAACCGAAGAAACAAAAUCUUAAAAGGCUGUGGUUUAUUGCAGGGGCCUGGGGGAGGAGGGAGGGGAGAAGGAAGGGUGCAGCCAGGUCAUCCAGCAGCCAGAGGUGAGAAUGGUCUGUGACGUUCUCCAGUCCCUCUCCAGUCCCGGGCUCAGAGGCACACGGGCCGCACCCACACCCCGAGGCUUGCCAGCUCACACCCACUACACAGCAUGCACCCUGGCGGUGGCCGCGCACCUGGCGGUCCGAUUUUACACACAUGUGCACGCGUUCCUGGAGUGCGUGUCCUUUAGAACUUGGUCCUUAUGGUUAGAUGAGACCAGAAAUAGAGGAAAGUAACUGCAGGGGCUAGCCCGGCCCCGAACGGUGCGGUGGGCCCAGCUGGCAGAGCAGCUGCGACUGCUCCCUUCGGCCUGCGGAUGCGGUGGGGGCCGCCCGGUGGUGAGGAGCACGAGGGUGGGCUGCAGGAGGGCCUGUGCCGCCUUCAGCUGGCUGUCUUUAUGACCUGGUAAUUGAGUCGAACACAAAGUCUAGUAACUGACCUCCCUCCUUCCUGGAUGAGUGAGCGAUGGUGGAACAGUGCUGUCCGCAUCCUGAACAUGCCCCAGUGGGCAGCGUUUGGCGGCUGCCUCUGCGUGGAAUGACGCUGUGUUCUGGUUGUGGAGCCCUGACCCCAGACACAGACUUGGCGAGUGCUCAUCAGGCGCAUCUUGCCUGCCUUCGCUCGGUCAUUUCUGCAGGGAUCCAGUGGGGUGUGGUGGGGUUUCUUUGGUUGUUGUUGUUUCGGUCUUUUUAACAUGGUUUUGGGGUGAUACUCAUGAAGAUCAGUGAGCAUCUGGAACUGUGCUGCAAACACAAGGACAUCUGUCUGAGGAGGCUUCUUCCCGGAGCCGCAGCCCACCCCUGGGCCCUGCUGGGAAACAGAAUCAAGUCUCAACGCCUUUGUCCGUCCCGCUAGUAGUGUAGCUGUAGGCAGUGCUGUGUCGCCCCGUGAAUGUGGACACCUCGCUCCUGCUUCCUGACGUGGUCGUGGCCGUGCUUUCUCAGAGCUGUUCCUAAUGAUGAUGUUCUAGCGCGUUUCCUCCGGACACGACGGAGACGCUAAUAAUAGAACAAAGAUGGUGCCAGGUAUCACAGCAGUAACGGAACUUUGCUGUUUUCUGGGGAUUUGUUUUGUACCUUUUUCUUUUUUUUUUAUGGAGUGUGCUGGAUGUCUGUGGUUCUGUUCCGAUGACACAUCACCCGGAAGGCUGCUGCUACCGAUGCUAACACACUGCGAUGGUCUUUUAUAUAAAUAAGUACAUACAUAUACAUAUAUAUAUAAUUUGAAUUUUUGGAAACUUUAGCUGUGCUGUCAACUUUGGAAAAACUACCCCAGUUGUACUGUGUUGGGUUGGCAUUGUACAGAAAUUAACAGCCAUAUUGGUCUAGAAACGUUCAACAUAAUUUUUUCCAUUUGUACAGGGGUAACGCACUGUAUUAAAUAUGUAAGGUCUUAAUCUACAUGGGUUUGAUUACAGAAACUAAUAAAGUAUUCUCUAAAUAAUGAAUCUUGGGGCUUCUGAUCCAUGUCUCAAAUCCGAAGACUCAUCCAGCAGAAGCA